AAACUGCGUUGUUUACAUUAUUAAAAUGCAGACAAAAUCAGUGAAGAUUAACUUUUUUAUUUAAAAUAAAGUAAAGUAACGCAAAGCUUUCACAUACAUAUAUAUAAUUGGCAAUUUGUGUAGUCUUUGCCAAACGGCAGCAAGGACAAACGCGCCACGAAACGAUAUAAAAGUAAUUUGGCCGGCAACGAGGAGCCUCAGUUUUACAUGAGCAGCGCAGGACAAAGCAACGCGCCAGGAGGACGACGACGACGAGGACACGCAGCUGUUGGCAAAAAAGAGCGACACGGACAUUGUUGUCGUGACUGCGGCGUAUUAAAUCAACGUGUGAAACACAAACCGGAAGUGCAACGCCGCCGCCUCCCUUUCUAUCUCCACCUCCACCAUCACCUUCUCCUUCGUUCCUGACCCAGCUGCUCGAGUGCAACUGGUGGUCGCAAUGGAUGUCGAUGUCUAUGCCUGGGGCGCCAAUUCUCACGGUCAACUCGGCCUUGGCCACGAAUCGGAGCUGUGCAUGACACCGCAGCGGCUGUCCAAAUACUCGUUUGUGCCUCAACUGGUGCGCUGCAUUCGCGGUGGCGGAGGUCAUGUCCUUAUCUUGGACAACAAUGGGCGUGUACAUGCUUGCGGAUGGAAUAAUCGUGGUCAACUGGGCCUCAACUCCACGGAGGAGUGCCACAAUGAGUUUAGCAUGGUGCCCACCGAGUACUUUGAGGAAGCGCCCAUUGAGAGCAUCAGCUGUGGUUGGGACAUUUCCGGCGGGAUUACCGUCAACAAGCAGCUGUUUGUCUGGGGCUCCAAUGCGUUUCAGCAGCUGGGAAUUUGCCAGCGUGGUUUCACAUCUGUGCGACGCCCGAUGCGUGUUCGUCUGCCUCGGGAUGAGGCAGCUCAUCGGGUCAGCUUUGGACUGCGUCAUUGCGCUGUGCUCACGGUGAAUAAGAUCGUUUAUAUAUUCGGACGAUUGCGCAUCAUGGAUCCCGCGCCCAUUGAACUGGACAUCACAGCAACCACAUUGCAUCGUUCGAAUGUCGUGAAAAUUCAAGCACAUAAUCCCAACGAGCUGCGCAUUGUGGCGGUGGUCAGUGGACAGAAUCAUUUGCUACUCAAGUGCAUCGAUGUGCAAGCGGGCAAACGUAUUGUGGCACUUGGCGACAAUAAGUUUGGCCAGUCCAAUGCCUUUCAGUUCGAGGAGGAUGUAGGCCAGCUGGCCGUGGGCUGGACACACAAUGCGGUUAUACUGAAGUCCAACAAGAUUCUCCUGUGGGGUCGCAAUUGCUAUGGUCAACUGGGCACCGGCGGAUUCAGUGAGCAGCAGGCGACGCCCACGCCACUCCACCUGCAACUGGAGGAGGGACAGACUGUUGGACAUCUGCACAUGGGGGCUGAGCACGGUCUACUCCGCACCAAGAAUGGCGAGAUCUACACCUGGGGCUGGAAUGAACACGGCAAUUGUGGAAACAAUGCUACGGAGAACUUAUCCCAACCAACCUUAUUGAAGUUGCCUGGGCACGCCAAAUUGGCCGGAACUGGCGCCGGAUUCUGUUAUGCCAUUGUUGAAACUGUUGACGAGCCUGCGGGACCAACCUCAAUCUAAAAAUGUGAAUUAUUUCUUAAUCUAAAAAAUGCAACACGCUUUAAUGUAUUUUUUGACUAUUGUAAUUGUUUAUAAAAUAAAUUUUGUUAUAUUAUUCGAUUAAAAAUCAAUGAAGAAUUCAGGUUAAAAUGAA